CCCCUUUUCUUUUCACUUCGCUUCAAUUACGCCAAGGUCCCUCUUCUUGCUAGUUCACUUCUCUCAAGAGCCUCGCUCGCUUCGCUCUCCAGCCCUUUCACCCUCCUCUGGUCCAGCAGGUGGAGCGCCAGCUAAAGCUUCCCACUCCACUCGGGCUACGGGAGCCCAUCUUGCUCUUUCGGGGAAGCCUCGGCUGCAGGAGGAGGGCCAUAGCUCAGCGUGCAGCCAAUCCGCGCCAGCCCUGCCAGUUAACAGAGCAGAAUGGGCUGUAGUUUAGUGUAACAGGAAAGCUGCAAAACAGUGUGGAGUGCUCUCGGUGCAACAUUAAAAAAGAGAGAGAGGAAAACAAGAAAGGGGAAGACGGAGAAGGGCGAGUUUUUGGGUGGUGCUUUUUUUUUUUUUUUUAAGCAACCCAAACCUCAAAGUUUCCUAACUCUCAACGUGCUCGCUUGCCGGCGCUGGGGUUCGCGCCCUGCAAAAGGGGAGCCCCCUGGACUUUUCUCGGGCUGCGGUAACGCACUAUUGUUUGCGGGUCUCCCCUCCCCCCCCUCCCCGAAAUAUGGCAAAGGUUCAGGUGAACAACGUCGUGGUGCUGGACAACCCUUCUCCUUUCUACAACCCUUUCCAGUUCGAGAUCACGUUCGAGUGCAUCGAGGACUUAUCCGAAGGUGAGUUUGCCCGGGGUGGAUUUUUCGCCCCCUCGGCGCUGACCAAGCCCUUUCGGGCUAUUUCCCUUCCCAGGCUUAAAGUUUGCAAAGGCCUCGCUGCUGCUGCUCCCUCUCCUCCUCCACCUCCUCUGCAUCUGGCAUGACGGAAGGACGGUGGGCUUUGCAGCCGCCGCCUCCUUCUCUCCCACCCAACCCGGCAGCGCCCGCACGGUGCGCCCAGCUUCUCCGGUCUUCCGCUCGCGAGGAAGGGAAGCCUUUAAGUUGCAAGGAACUUGUUUGAGCGCUGGGAGCAGCCAUGUUGCCAGCAUUGUGCUGCUGCUGCUGCUGCUGGUGGUGUGUGUUGGAGGGGGCGGCGGGGCGCGUACGCGAGAGAAGGAGGGCUCAACGGAAACACCUCGCACGCUUCGGGUUUUGGUGGCGGGAGGCGAGCCGGGAGAGGCUCAACUACCCAGUGCAAAGGAACCAAAGGGGCGCUACGGAUGGGCGAGGGGGGGGGCCGCUGAGAACACCUGCAAGUUAAGUGGUUUCCACUCAUCCGCUUUUAGUGCUCGCACGAAGGGGUGUGUGUGACAUGUUUAAAACGCUUUAGGAAAAAAACAACAACAGAAUUUUAACGAUGCCUUUUUUAAAAAAGUGUUAAAUGGCCUUAAAAGCACUUCUGGUACUACUUUACGUUUGCAUAACUUUUUAAUUGUGACACCCCCUUCAGACGGAAGUUCGCUUUGGGGAACGCCCUGGAGGUAUGUAGAGGGUGUUUUGUUUUUCGUCUGGAUAGCCUAAUAAGCCUCUCUUCGGACCUCCACCCUUGCCCCCUCCCGGGGUAGUGAGGUCAGCAACACUUUCCCUACUAGAGGUAGCUAGCAACUUUUGCCGCCACCCUUCAAAAACGUCUUUGCCCUAGGCGGGCAGGAAGAAUUCUUAAAGACUCCUCCAGAACUUGCUAUCCUAACCUACUGUCUAGUGAAGUCCUGUUGAAUUCAGCAGGGUUUACUCCCAAGUAACAGGUUAGGGUCUACAGCCUCAACUACUAAAUAUUACGAAGUCAUGCAGUAAUUGAGCAGAGUGCUACAGUUGUCUAGAACAACACUUAAAAGUGCUAGUAUCAACAAACCUCUUCGAAACAAUUUUUCAGUAUUGUAAAACAUUUCCUUGGAUGUAAAUACUAAUUAUUUUCAGCCAGCCCUGCUGGUUUUCAAUAUUUGCUUUCAAAUAAAUAUAAACAUCAUCGAGUUAAUGUCAACUGGCUUUACUAAUGUUAAGAGGCUACAAUUUUUAUGUGUUUUAUUUUAGGUAAAGCAAAAGUACUAAAAGGUUUUUCUUCUUAUAAUGUAGAUUUGGAAUGGAAAAUUAUCUACGUGGGCUCCGCAGAAAGCGAGGAGUACGAUCAAGUUCUAGAUUCAGUUUUGGUGGGCCCUGUUCCUGCAGGAAGACACAUGUUUGUAUUUCAGGCAAGUCUGCUUUUAAACAUUAAGGAAAUUCUAAAACAUUGUGUGUAUGUUCAGAUGGCUACUUUUGCGACAAGCAGUCACAAAUUACAUGUGACUUAAGUUCAGCACUGCCCUUUGCUUUAAAAGGGUAGCAAAUCUAAUGUUUAACCCAAGGCUGGACAGCUCUUCCUCUGGGUGCUGAUUUUUAACCAAAAACAUAGGGACAUACAUACCCAAGCGUGUGAGCAAGCAUCAUAAACAGUAAGUUGGCUCUGCUCUAGAAGAGAGAGAGAGUUGCUACAGAAAAAUCUGUUCUGGGAAUAGAAGGGAGGGAGGGAAAUACUGUAUAUGGGGUAAAAAUUUUAAUUUCAGUAGGAUUUUUUUUUUUAGUGUUUUAGAGGAACGAUUUUUCGUGCAUUUUUCAUGAAUACAGUAACAUACCGUAUUUUUCGCCCCAUAGGACGCACCUAGUUUUUUUGGGGGGGGGGGAAUAAAGAAAAAAAAAAUAUUUCCCCCCUAGGCACGGGGCUGGCACGGGGGAAGCCCGAGCUUCCCCCGACCCCAGAAGAGCCUGCUAUCCGCAAGCCUAGGGAGCCGCGCCGGUCUCCCCAGGCUUGCGGACAGCUGUGCGAAGCCCGGGCGCGCUGAGGCUUCCUAAUACAGGCAGCUCUGCGCAACCCUCCGGAGCCCGGCGCAGCUGCGCAACCCUCCGGACCCCGGGAGGGCAGGCAGCUCUGCGCGAUCCUCCGGAGGCCGGCGCGGAGGGUUGCGCAGAGCUUCCUGAAGCCUGGAGAGCGAGAGCUUCUCGCUCUCCAGGCUUCAGUGAAAGCCUGUAUUCGCCCCAUAGGAUGCACCCACAUUUCCCCUUCAUUUUUGGAGGGGAAAAAGUGUGUCCUAUAGGGCGAAAAAUACGGUAAGCUAUGUACGUGCAAUCGUAGGUAAUAUUUUGGCCAUCAGACUUGCAACUGCUCACACUGAGUAUGAGUUAGAUACUUUUCAGGGGAGGCUGUGUGUCUUCCUGCUUUCUGACAUGCAAGUGGUGGGUGUGCAGGAUACUGACUUCUUUGUAAAAGUGCCUGGGCUCUGGAAUUUACAACCCUAGGGGGCCCAUCUAGCCCAGUCUCCAAAUCAUCAAGAGGGCUGUAAAGGAAUGUCAUUUUUGUAGACGGCUUUUAACAUUAUCUGAACCCAUGAGUUAAUGGUUAUAUGUUGCUUCUGGUCACCUCCUUAACUGGCGGCAAUAUAGAUGCAUACAUAAAAUUUGUCAGCCUCAUUGGGACCUCUGUGGGGCCAAAAAUCUGCACAGAAAUAUUAAGAGCACAGAAUGCUUUUUGGGUGGAGUGUUCUUCAGGAAAGGGGGAAACAAGUGUGUUUAGAGGCCACUGAACACUGUGUGACUUGCAAUUGUGGCACAGAUUGCACUUGCUAAGCUAAUAUACUCUAGUUCUGUGCAUCUCUCUACAAGGGGAUUAUUACACAGUCACGUAGUUGCAUUUGUAUGUAGCUGGUUUUAACCAUGAUGUGGUCAAGAAGCCAAUGUUUUGUUUCUCCAAAGUUUGGUUUGUUACCCAGUGGCUCUUGCCUUGUGCCUCUGUAGCUUGGUGUGUGCCUAGUCUGGAGCUACUAAGCAGAGCAUGGUUAGGUAAGGCUGCUAUGUUCAGACAUGACAAACCAUAGUUAAAACAAGCUGUGGUUUGUACGCCAACAACAAACUGGCCUCACAUAAUGAUUUGUUGCCAGGAAAAAAUGAUUAGUCCGCUGGGCAGGGUUCAGAUAUUCAAAUGAACCAUGGUUUAACAUUAUGUGCAGACGAGGUAUGUGUGUGUUUAUGUAAAUAGCUGGGUGAAUCCACACAGCUAAAAGCUGUGAUGUUUGCUCUUUUGGGUAAAAAAUUAAGGCAGAUUGGGUACAACCUGUUUUACUAAAGGAAGUCCACCAACAAAAAAAUCUAGUAACAAGUUAAAAGACCUCACAAAAAAUAAAAUGAGCUUGGAAUCCAUAUCAAGGAGCUGAAACAAUUACAGGAUGGUCCUUGACUGAAAACCUGAAGUAUAUGUCUUUGAAGAUUAGAACUUUUGUGCUUCUUAGUUCAAUCGGCAUCAAUAAGUACUGUGCCAAAUCUCUUUAUAUUGUGAGCAUAGUGGUUUCCUUAACAAACAAAAAAAGUGGGGGAGCAUUGGUCAAUCUUGUGUUUUGUUUUUUGCUGCAGGCAGAUGCUCCUAAUCCAGGACUAAUUCCUGAUGCAGAUGCUGUAGGAGUCACAGUUGUGUUAAUCACCUGCACCUACAGAGGUCAAGAAUUUAUUAGAGUUGGCUAUUAUGUGAACAAUGAAUAUACUGAAACAGAAUUGAGAGAAAAUCCUCCGGUAAAGCCAGAUUUUUCUAAGGUAGGAGUUAUUAUGCUUUGCUUAUCUAUUAAAAUACUCUUGUUACAUAGAAUUAAAAUGCUAAGAAAUAAAUCAGCAAGUCAAAUUUUAAAAAGAGCUUUGUCCUGAAUUUGUUCUAAGACUGCUUCAGAAGUCAAGAGUGUCUGAUGCAACUCCAAAAUGUUGAUGUGAAUGUCCUUGUUUUGCAGCUCCAGAGGAAUAUUUUGGCAUCUAACCCCAGGGUCACAAGAUUCCACAUUAAUUGGGAGGACAACACUGAAAAACUGACAGAUGCAGAGAGCAGCAACCCAAACCUUCAGUCACUCCUUUCUACAGAUGCACUGCCUUCUGCUUCAAAAGGAUGGUCAACAUCAGAAAAUUCACUAAAUGUUAUGUUAGAAUCUCAUAUGGACUGCAUGUGACCCGACUUACCUUUCAGCGCUAUGUAUGUGUUAGGAUGUAGACAGACAGCACAGAGACACACAUACACACACACACACACCAUCACCAGAAACGAUUUCCCGGGAAUUGCAUAUUCAACAUGUGAAGAAUUUGUUUUAAAAUCCCCACAUUCUGUAGAAAGUUUAUAAGGAAAAAGUAUUUGAGUGGAUGUAUAAAUAAAAAUUAUUUUUAAGU